AUGGAGUUUAUACCAAAGAACUCAAUACUAGAAUUCAACCCCGAUACGUUACAAUCUUUGAGAAAACAAUAUGACUUGGAUAAACCAGGCAGAAUCGCAGAAGCAAUCAAUUUGUUGGAAGAAUGGAUUAAAAAACAGCCACACUUUGUUGUAAAAAGUUUUACAAGGGAUUAUUUAGAGAGAACCAUUAUUAUCAGCAAAGGCUCGGUGGAAAGAGCUAAAAUGAAAUUAGAUAGAAUAUGUACAGCUAGAACAUUAUAUCCAUAUUUCUUUGGAGUGCCCAAUGUAAAGGAAGUUGAAUUGCUAAAAGUUAUAAUAGGUGCUUUUAUGCCUAAACUCACUAAAGAACAUUACAGAAUAUACACCUUAAAUAAUCAAGCAAAAGCGUAUCCUAAAGGAUAUAGAGAGAUAUACCAAUACUUUUUCAUGCAAUGUGAAUACAUCCAAACUUAUGACUAUUGUAACGGAUUAUUACUAUUCAUAGAUUAUAGAGACGCGGAUUUGAUGGAAGCAUUGAAGGCGUUCACUCUUAGUGAUAUGCGAAAUGCUGUAAACAUAAUAAAGGAAGGAUACGGUAUGAGGAUCAAAGGCAUACACCUUUUGUCGGAAUCAAAAGCUAUAGAUGCAAUUGUAGUUGUACUCAAGCAAGCUUUCAGUGCGAAGGUUGCAUCACGUAUAGUAGUUCACAAAACUCUGGAUACGCUGUAUGAAUAUAUUCCUAAACAUAUGUUACCCAAAGACUAUGGUGGUGAUGAAAAACCGUUGAUUGAACUUCAUGAGCAAUUUCUAGACGUUUUGACGUCGAAGGAGUUUACAGAUUAUUUGACAGAAAUGAACAAAGCGUGCACUAAUGAAGAACUACGGAUGGUAACAGAUGAAGAACGAUUUAUGGGAGUACCAGGAAGUUUUAGAUCUUUAAGUGUCGAU